CGGAGGCCUCUAUACCAUAUCUGCGUCACUCUUCACAUCAUCGCUGUCGCUAUAAUCGGCCGCGUAGCGGAAACAACUCAUACAAAAUGCCCAAUAAUAGAUCACGUCUGAAACGUCCACGCCAACCCCACGAUGAUAUCUCGUUUUUAGUAGGGUCAAACAGCGCGUCGCAGCCGCAACCACGCUAUGACAUUGUCGAAAACUGGCUAGAACAGACGGCGAGGCCAGAUCCUCACCCCUGGCCUAGUACGUCACAAGGAUAUCGAAAAGAAACCCCAGGCAAUAACUCCCCGUAUAGACCACUUGAUGCGACGUCCCCAUACAAUAAACGCCCUAGGCGUGUAGAUCCGAGAUGGAGUCCUCGUCACGACUUUCCUAGUCAUUAUAUGCACCAAUCAGGCCCUUCGUUUGAGACUUCGGGUCCAAAGGAUUCGAGAAAGUCUACGCGAAGGCGGACGGCCCCUAGUGAUAGUUCGCUUAUCAGUGGCUUUGAGAAUACUACGAAGCCUCCUAGCUAUACCCCUGGCUCCGCUCAAUGGAACCAUGUGGACACUCUAACUACCAGAGCCCCGAGAGACGCGGGUUUGGUGUAUCUCCAUGCUUCAUCGACCACUUCUCGUGCGGACGAACAGCCGAACUUCGAGAAAAGACCCAGAAGAAAGACUAGGGAAGACAAAUAUGAAACGAAGAAAAGAAAACGGACCCACGAAGAGGGAAGCACCGUGGACUAUAGCAAUCACCGGAGUAAAAAGCGCAAGAAAAUCGACAAGAGAAAAUCCAUAGCAUCUAGCAAAAAUGUAGUGAAUAAUUUCACUUCCAAUGCUGUUCUCAAUGAUCGCAUUACGGUCCAACCGCAUCUAAAGCCUGGUCUAUUUGACAAUGGAAGGGCAUCGAAAAAACAGCCAAUAUCUGAUUUGACCUUCUCUGACAUGCAGUUUCUAAAGCGCCAGAGUAGUAACAUUCAACCAAAAGUGUUAUCAAAGUCCCGCCUGAGGGAGAAACGUCGAGAGGACCGAGAAAUGGAAGAAGUAUCGUCCUUUUUCCUACCACACAAAGCCGAUAGAGAUACUCCCGGUUUAAGAUUUCGUAAGCCAGAUACCAGUAGAAAGUACCAGGACAUGGGACGUCACUUCGAACAGCUCAUGCCCAUCUGUGGUGGAAAACCUCCCGGAUUGUCGCCUCCAAGCCAUCAUGGAUAUGCUAAGCAUAGCCACAUAUCCCGAGCCCACGGUGAAACCGUCAAUCCUGUCAGACCAGAUUCCCUUGGAUCAAAUCCAGAUGGAAAGGACACAGGCAGAGAUACGACAUAUUUAACAUGGUCCAGUAGUCGUCGCUCGUCGCCGCGUAUUAAUGAAGGGGACAGUCGUUCGAGUCCAAAUGCGUCAGGUUCGGUCCGAACAACUAUUCCAGAAUCAAGGAGAGUAGAUCUAAUAACGACAGGAAUAUACAACAAUACUAGAAUGCCUUCAUGCGACGAUCAAUCAAUUGAACCGAGUACAUCAAAUAAGACAAUCGAGAUGGAACCACAUAGCGUCCGCCACAUGGAAUUAGAGGGUGCCCAUAACAACAUGCAUCAAGGUUCUAAUAGAUCUUGCAAGGUGAGGUAUCGAGAUCAAGCUAUAAUGACCGAAGAUCCCCCUAAAUGUUCAGAGUCACUAGAAGCUAUCCAAAUAACAGAAGACCGUCAUGCGUCUAGGUCUCGAGGAGAGGCAAAUGUGCACAUACCACACAUCUCUAAUGAUAUUGACCGUCAGCAAAUUGUUAGAGAAGUUCGUCUAACUCCUAACGAAAAGGGUGGUUCAAGGCAACACGUUGAUAUUCCGCGUAGCUUAGAUGGCAAGCCUAUCACUAUUCACCAAAUCCCCGAAGCCGCGGCUACACACGUAGAUCAAAACUUAGAGAGACAGAAACAGCAGGCAAGCGACGAAGCAUCUGUAUCUUCUAGGGAUGCAAUGCCUCCUCCACCUACGUCGUAUAGUAGAAACGCCUCCCUUGCUGUACCCCGCGUCGACGUGGAAUUUAAUGCACCGGGACAGAACACGGCUCCAGCUAAUCUGGAAUUUUCACAAGUUCCUUAUAGGAUAGAUCAUGAUAAAGAUAUACAAGACUCCCAGGAAUCCCUCGAAGGCUGUAAACAGGCGUUGUUAUAUGAGUCGGUCGCCAAUAAUGGACAUACCCUGUUGACCUCCAAUAGCGUUCCUUGGAUACCUCAAAAAAGGCCAUCGGCCCCCAUAGUAGGAGAGAGAGUCGCCUUAUUACGACCAAGCACAAAUCCACCUACCUACGUAAAUCAAGGUGAAGGGAGGUUAAGUAGAGGCUCGCACCAAAGGGAUUUUGCGGGAUCACAGAAACUUGAGACUAUGGCCGAAUUUAUCGCCAGAAUAGAGAACGAGUCACAGUGGCAACUCCCCCACCGCGGUUAUGAUAAUCUAGGAUUAGAGGAGAAAGCGUUAGACCUAUCUUCGCUCGAUAGGGGACUAUCCCACGAGCAGCCCAUAGUUUGCAAUAUGGAAAAGGAGACACCUCUCAACUUACCCCUUGAUUUCGAUCCUGAUUAUUUUGAUCUAAGGCCGAGGACAACUGAAGCAUGCGAGGAGGGUUUAGAUAUUGAGGCGCCGUAUACCCAGCACAGGAUUGAUACUCCCGGGAUUUUACCUAAUAUCACACAACCGUUGGAAGAAUUCGAGGAGCGUCUCGAAAUGUCAAGCUUCUGGCGUCCAAAUCAGUUCUCUCGAUUCUGAUAAACACCUACUAUACGCUAAUAUAUUAGUACCAUAUCGCAA